AUUGCUGCGUGACCUGAGUCACUGACCAUCAGCUUGCCAAGUCUUGAAAGCUUGAAGCUUGAGCACGACAACUGAAUUACAACUUCUCGUUACACCCUUCUGUCCAAUGUUGGUUUACGUGCAUAUAAACCCAUUUUCACCAUGACAGAGCUAUUCUUUGAUCCACAGGACUGUCAAAUUCAUGCUCCCUUGGUUAUACUAGUGCUCACCAAUAUGCAGGCCCAUUUCGAGUAUUCGGUCCUCUUGGAGACAUACUGGACGCUUUGCUAAUGGUUCGAGGGGAAGGUACUGGGAUGGUCAUGGAGGGCGAAUACAAGUCACAGCUACAUGCGUAUCUUUGAGCAAUACUAUGCUUCUUUGAAUAGCCUUCAACUCGACGUUCACUCGUGUUUUUUUCUUGAUACCUAUCUCCAUCUUUAACAUCGUCUCUGCUCUAUACCUGUCAGUCACUCGACGAGAUUGCAGUCUCCUCCGAACGAGUCCAAGCAUUCACUCAUCUCUACAUGAACAGUCAAAGCACUGCCGCACUAGCCUGUUUAUGGUUACCCCGGGCAUUGCGACCUUUAACACUCCUUUAACGUUCAUUCGAAAGCAAAAGUGCUCGUAAUGAACAUCUAGAUUCGCGGAGAUGGAAACUCGAGGAACGCCGGGUCCGGUAACAUUAGAUAUCGCUCAAUUGAGAUCUUCAUGAUUCUCUGUCUCGACUUUGCAUCGAGGCAGCGCCAUCACGCUGUGUGACCCACCAUCAAAGCAUGGUAACCUCAAGUUCUCCAGGAUUCUCCGACGAGAAACAUGUUACACAGAGAAGACAUGCACGACUCUUUGUAUACCGCACGGGGGGCACGAGCAAGCACUGUAUAUAAUGUUCCUUUCAGGCGACACGUCGAGGUCUUUCUCUAGCCUUGACGGCGCCACUCCAUUACUCGACUCCUCGGGAUCUUCAAACUUCGUCUUGUAGCUCGAGUUGUCAUCUGGACAACUACGACUGCGUUGAGCAGGCUCAGGAAUAUGCCGUCGUCUACAUACAACUCGACAUAUGCCCAUAGGCAUCAUACUGGCACUCCGGAACAUCAAUCGCAGGCCCGAGUGAAGCGUAAACCACCUCCUGCAUUUCUGUAUAGCGCGAAAUACCCUCUCCCAGAUCCAACGGAUCCCUUUGUGCCGUUGGCGGUCCUUCGCGAACGAGCUCAUUCAAGUACCACUGCUCUAGUCACCCCUCCCGAUGAACCAUUUACGACGAACCCUGCGAUUCAUCAGUCAACCACUGUUAAGAAUGCUUUGGAGAAUUCCGCUUCGAAAUUGAUCACCAGGCCUUGGCACCAUCUGACUGGUGGCUACCUAUCAGACGCUACGAAGCCUUCAAGACCUCCAAGGUCCAAGAUCAGACCAGGAAGAGACUCUGUUUCCUAUUUCUCUGACGUUGAUGUCACACCAGACGUCCAUCAAAACCAUCGGCACAGUCAGUCUCAUCAGAAUGCGGGUGCUACUACUACUCCAGCGAAGCCUACCGAAGCCAAAGCUAAUCCUCGAUUGAGACAUCCUCAAGGCACUCCCGCCCACCAUAGAGAUUCUCAAUACCAUUACCGCAGGCGGUCCCAAUCUGUUAUGGUUGUCUCUCCUACAUCCGGCGUUUCCAACGCCCCUCCAUUGUCUAGUGCAAAUACGAAUGCGAGCAUAAAUGUCAAUGCUACAAACACCCCUGCCCGAUCUGUGCCGCAAAUGCAGGCAUCUCGGUCCCAGGAUCCAGUCUCGUCUCUUCAGGCAGGUUCCAGUCGACAGUACACCUACGGUGAUCGACAGUCACAUGGAUAUAUGUAUGAUUAUCACGAUGAUUUAGGCGAGUUCCAUGGGAGACGACGACGACUCACAUCCAAGCAGAGCUCACGUACUGGAACUGAGAGUAUUUCCUCUCUGCAGAGUCAUCACCCAACCCCGCCCAUGACACCAGACGAUACUGCCAGUACGAUGAGUACGAAUCCGCCAAGGAAGAAUUCGUUGGCCGGGCGGCGGUCUGAGUCUGGUUCUCCUCCUAUGAUCCUUCGUGAUGUACCUCAUCAGAAGUCGCAGACGAAGGUUGUCGCACCGGCUACGCAACCCAAGUCUGGAGUUGCGCUACCACCUUCGGCCUUUGUUGCGCAGAAGGAGCCAGAGAGGAAGCAGCUUGCUCAGGUCGGAGAUACUCCAGCUAGCAUUCAUAGCUCUGAUUUCACACUUCUUCUCCCUCCAUCCGCUCCUAAGACUCUUCCCCAUGCACCAAUUUCGCGGUCACAAACUCAUCUUCGUCCUAGCACAGCUACGGGUCCUCAUACACAUGCACAAGCCCAUGCCCCUACAUAUGCCCCUACAACACGUCAUGCAGAAUCCGAGCCAGAAAUUAUGCCAUCAUCCGAAAAUGGGAGGAGAACACGCAACACGAGCUUUGACAGUCUCAAACGCAGACUGCGUAAACCGAACGUCGCGCCCACGGGCGUACGAGGGAAGAAGAUAUCUAAUCCUAGCCCCGUCACGCCUGCAAGAAAGCCAUCAUUUGCAAGUGAUUCGUCGGUUUUAAUCGCACAUGGGACGGAAGGGAGGACCUUGCUGAAUCCCACGAGCACGGGAGCGCAAGCUGUGGAACCUAGCUCAAAGCUGAUGAUCCCAAAGCCGAAGAAAUCGCUCAGCACUGUUAACCUCAAUCUGAAACCACUUCCUAACGUCAGCGUGGGCCCUGCCACUUCACCUACAGACAUGGCAGGUACUGCUGCUCUCGGGCUAGGAACGAUGAACGCGCUGGAUGCUAGGGAGGACGAGAACCGUGCCCGAUCGGAAGACCUACUUUUGCACAAUGUCCCGAAACCCCAGCCUGUCACUGACCCUCGUGUGGUGAAGAGGCCGGCGCAACCCACUGUAGUGCAGCACACGCAGCCCCCCACUCGCCGGGUUCCAGUUUCGGCCCCACAGUCCAUCAUCUCGCACAUCGCGCCAGCUGUUGUAGAACGGAUAGACUACGAGUCCGAUAGCGAGGAUAUGGGGACUUAUACUGCCAUGAUCGCCUUGAGAGAACUAUUAACACCUGUUUCUUCGCAGUAUCCUUGGGUAGACGACCCUCGGCGGAGCAAUUUCUUCGCGUCUCCUUCUCAUCCACCAUCACCCGUUCCGUCUGAACGCUCUAUUCAACAAGCUUCUCCCGCUCCUUCUUCGCCAUCGCGGCCUACUCAUGUACGCCCUGUACCGAAACAGCCUGGCUUACAGAGAACGCCUGCUCUCCAUAGGCGCUCUGAGAGUCCUAUCGAGAGGAACUCACCGAGUAAUGUUAGCGCAGUAGGGGCGAUGGCUACGACGAGACCUCUUUUAGUUCCACGAAAGAACGAUGUCUCGGAGCAGCCACUACGACCUGAGUCUCCUGUACACAAGAAAUUGCCACGACAACGUUCGCACUCUCCUUUACAGAGACCUUCUGCUCCGGAACCUAUCGAACCACCCAUCUCUGCGCAUAGGGUUCCCCUUCCCCACUGCAAAGAUUCCCCAAAGCAGAGAUCGUCUCCCAUUCCACACCGAUCAGAUUCACCUGUCCAUCACCGUGCUCAGAUCAUUGUUUCACCAAACCGAGCUCCUUCACCUGUCAAACGUAGAUCUUCGCCUGUGCAAAAACGUUCGGAGUCUCCAGUUCUACAUCGGCAGCCUCCAACACGGAAGCGUUCUGAGUCUCCCGUGCAACAGCGGCAGGUUCCACAACGUCAGAUGGCAUCACAUACUCGAUCUGUAUCACCCGUACAACGCCAAUUGCCAGGGCAGCGACGCACAGAAUCUCCUGUGCGGCCACCUCCUCAAGUGCGACGACGACCUGACUCCCCUGCUGAGCAGGAAUACAUGUCACCUACCCCUCCACGAGCUCAGUCGCCCGAGCCUUUGUAUACUCUCAGCCCCGAUCCACCUCGUUCUGAAACUCCGGACCCUACUUACACAAUGUCUCUUGCGUCGCAUGCGCUGACUUCAGAGUCGCCGUAUGGCGGUUCGGCAAUUCGAUCGAUCUCACCUCCACCUCGAGCAAUGUCACCGAUCACGUCAGUCCAGGAAUCCUCUGAGCAUGGUUCAUCGCGAGCACGUUCUUCUACCCCAAGCUCUCAGAAGGCAAGGUGUACUCCCGAAGCACGACCGCUUCCCAAGAUGGAUAACUCGUGCGUUCAGGAAUCCGAAGCCGAAGAAGCGGAAGGAUAUCUGCCGGUCGCUCAGAUUCGUUCUCAACCUUCUAGCGCCAGUAAGCAGACGACUUCUAGUCAAGGCACGAGUCGCAAGCAUUCUACUCAAGUACCAUCUGCUCAAAAUCAUCAACGGAAACGAGCACGAUCGCCCACUCCCGCUUCUACUUCUGCUCCUGUCCGUGCGCGUAACAACCCAAUGGCAAUAGUCAGUCCAAAACAAAUGCAGGCGCUACCUCGGGAACCAUCAGGCUCUGAACCAUAUUCGCCUCCGGUCCGCCGUCAACGAACUGCCCCUCCAACUCCCGCUCUCGCCCUCGCUUCACCCACACUAACAACGAGGUCUCAUGGAUUACUUUCAAGCCACUCCGACCCUCACAGUCGAACGACACGCAGCACAAGACAUCGUCGAGAUACGCCACCGUCCACCAUGCCAUUCAGCGAAGACGCUAUAGUCACUCGAGAACAGCUCGCACGUGCCUCAUCUCUUGUAGUAGUCGCGCAGAAUGGUCUUCGAGUCCCAUUUGGCGAUUUGUUCAAAGAGAAGAAGACCAUCGUCAUCUUCAUCAGACAUUUCUGGUGUGCUAUGUGUCAGGACUACAUGUACUCUAUCUCAAAGAACGUCGACCCUGGUGCCCUCAGACGUGCGGAUGUUGAGCUUGUGAUCAUAGGGAAUGGCUCUCCCGGAAUGAUCAAGUCUUAUCGAAAUAUCUUCCGUACACCAUUCUCACUGUAUACUGAUCCGACCAUGCAUCUCUACUCUGCCCUUGGCAUGACGUUGCGUUCGAACGAUCCUGGUUUAGAGUCUGAGCGGGGAUCCUACGUACGGCAUGGUUUGGUCGGAGGUAUUGCCAUGGUGGUUCGGAACGCAUUGAGAGUGGGCAUGCCCAUCUGGGAGAAAGGUGGUGAAGUCAUGCAGCUUGGCGGAGAAUUUGUUUUUGGACCUGGAAUGUCUUGUUCUUAUUCCCACCGCAUGAAGAAUACUCGCUCGCAUAGUGCCAUCACUGAUGUGCUAGCUGCGGCCGAUGUUCAGACAUACUAUGCUCACAUCCGUGGUGGUACGUCUCGUUCAAUGCUACCGAUCCAUGAUGAGGAAGAGUGGAUGCGCGAUCGUCGGCGGAGUCUUGCCAGGUUACGCAACAAAAAGAAAAUGCGAAGGGAAGGAGCACAUCCCAGAUACGACGCAGACGAUCUUGCUUUUGAGUCAGACGACGAAAGUGACGAGACUCAGAGCGGGGAAUUGCUCUUUCCCACAGAAGCUACCUGGGGAGAUGGGACAAACAGGCCUCCAGCAGAGGAGGUCAUCGUGGAUCCGGAAGAGCGCCAUCGUACCCAUAAGCAUCGGCGGGCGAGAGGAGGACAUGGCGGAUUCGUUGUGUCGAAUCCUGAUCCAGAACCCGAUUACUUGGGGAGGAUGCUGAAUGAAGACAUUUGGCCUUCUGACCGCGCAAAAUUAUUUGCGAUGUAUCCGCAGCAGGUAAAGCCGGCGCAGAGAAAUGAAGACCAGGACGCUUAUACGCCCACGCAUGAGGUCUUAUCGUAGUCUUCAAAGCAAGCAUAAGCUUGUUGUACUUCAAGGCAGAGCCUUCACUAUUCAUCCUUUGCAUCAAUUUCUUCUUUUUUUUUUCGUGUAUCGAUAUUCAUUAAUCAUUAUUCACCUCAAUCAUGUAGCUAUUAGCCGUACAUAUUGCAAUACUAUUCACGCUUUUACCUCACAUACU